AUGUAUUUCUCACAAACCCCUUCUUGUAUAAUAACGUUUACUGGAUGGAUAUUAGAAUAUUCUAUGAUUUACGUAAUCGAUUAUAAUUCGAUUAAUUCCGUAGAAAAUAUUAAUUCAGUAGAAGAUACGAAUUCGGAAAAUUUUAAAAAUUGUUUGGGUAAUCAGGAUUUAAAAUUGGUUCAAGUGUUUUUAAGUAGUAAUAAAUCAAAUAUGAAAAUUCAAAGACAUUUGUUAUUAAGUUUUAGUUUUCCAAUUAAUUUAAAACCAAGAAGAGGAUACAGAAUCUCAACGAUUUCAGUUGAAUUAUUAUCGAUCAAUAAAUUAAUUGAUAAUUUAAAAUCGAAAUUUAAUAAUAGGUUAAAAAAUCAAGAUAUUUGGAAUAAAGAAAUUGAAAUAGAAAUUAGUGAUGUUUGUUUACCGAUAAUAGCUUUAUAA